UGUAUUGCAGAUCUGGAGUGGAGCGCUGUAAAUACAACUAGUGAUGAAGGGGAUAAAACGUUAACUGAUGUGUCAGAUCAAGAGGGAUUUUAUGAGCAGUUAGCUGAUUUUGACUACCCCAAUGAUGACAACGCCACCUCGGAACUGCGGAGGAGCACUGUAAAUACAACUAGCGAUGAAGGGGAUAAAACAUUAUCUGAUGUGUCCACUUCUACAAAACUUACCCAAAAGCCACAUCGUCCUUUCUAUCCUUAUCAUAUCUUUCCACCGCUCUCUGUUGAUGUCUGAAAUAAAGUGAAAUAGCAUUUAACCCUCGAAGAAGGAACAUAAACAGGUCUCUGUCUUGAGGUUGACCGAGUUGUGAGCAGCCCUGAAUCUGCAGUGGAGCACUGUAGAAACAACUAGCGAUGAAGGGGAUAAAAAGUUGUCUGAUAUGUCAGAUCAAGAGGGAUUUUAUGAGCAGUUAGCUGAUUUUGACUACCCCAUUGACGACGAUGCCGUCUCUGAUCUGCAGAGGAGCGCUGUAGAAACAACUAGCGAUGAAGGGGAGGAAACAUUGUCUGAUAUGUCAGAUCAAGAGGGAUUUUAUGAGCAGUUAUCUGAUUUUGACUACCCCAAUGAUGACAACGCCGUCUCUGAUCUGCAGAGGAGCGCUGUAAUACAAUCACGAUUAGUAAGCUCAUCUGAUGUCUGGGAUGCAAUAUCUCCAAAGCUGAGGUGUGGGGAUGAUUUUAUGAAGUUGCAACUCCUUGGUUCAGAUGUGGACCAUGUUGAUCUUUGUCGAGGUAGUUCUGCACCUGUUCCUCUUGGCCAUUUGCCACCUGAUUGUGGACACACUUCACCCACUCAUGGAGGUCUUGUUUUUGAGACACCCUAUGAUGGAUGUGGUGUUGCACAACAGGGAGGGAAUUAUGUCAUGCAGAUGCUAUUGCAGGGAAACCCUGUGGUCAUUUCUUGCCCCAUGACUCCAUCUGUUGUGAACAUGACCACGUCUGGAUAUCAGCCUCCUAGAUUUAUUCUUUUCAACUCGUUUACUCCUGGAAGCCAGAAACCACAACCUCCUGGUUACGCCAACAUGUUUUGGCAAUACUAUUACCCUCCUCACCAUCGUGGCAGGCCAAAACCAGACCCAACAUCAGCUCCAACCACCACAUCAGCCGUUGUCUAUGAACCGACUCAGAAACCUCGACCUCCUGGUUACCCAAAUAUGUUUUGGCCAUACUAUUACCCUCAUUACAAUUAUCACGGCAGGCCGAAGCCCACCUACAAACCGGUUCUAACAUCAGCUCCGACCACCACACCAGCAGUUGCUGAUACACCGACCCAAAAACCGCAACUUCCUGCAAACCCCCAUCUGUUUUGGCCAUACUACUGCCCUCGAAACCCAAUGCAACCUCCCAAACCUCAAAGCCCCACCGUCCCACCUAUAACCAUCCCCCCUCAACCCUGUACCAACCCUUCAGACAUACAGCCUUAUGUUGAGCCUCGCAAGUUCUCUUCUGUGCUUUAUGAAAAAUACCCCUUUGCACAUCAAUAUGUAGACUGGUUUGAACAUGAUCCCUAGUCUUUCCCAUUUAAAUUAUCACGUGAUGGCUGAGAACAGUUAUUCUCAAUCAGGGAGUGACUGGAAAGCUGUUAAGGACCUGCAGGAUGUCACUGUGUGUCUCCUGACCCCACCCUUUUAUCAAAUGCUAUGGAAUAUAACCUGCCCCAGCGAUGCGAAUGCUGUAUCACGGCUGGUCUCAAGGGUGUAGCUCCGAC